AUGCUCGCGUACGGUCUUCUAACAUCCAUCUGGGCCCUGCUGUGCCUCCUCGGCUCUGCUGCAGCCUGGACCAACCCUAUCAACACUGCCGGCGGUAGUGACCCAUUCCUCGUGUACACGGGUGGGUACUUUUACCUGAUGACCACAACAUGGACCGACGUUGAGAUUUCUCGUGCGACUACCAUUGCGGGCCUGAAGACAGCCACGAAGAAGGUGGUCUACUCGACCACCACAGCAUCACGUUGCUGCAAUGUCUGGGCGCCAGAAGUGCACUACUUUGAUGGGAUAUGGUAUAUCUACUACACAGCGGGCGAAUCCGCCGAUCUCGAUGGACAGAAUAUCCAUGUCCUGAAGGGCGGUGCUACUCCAUACGACACCUUCACCUACGCCGCCAAAUUGACAAGUCAGUGGUCGAUUGAUGCAUCAAUUCUGCGCACCAGCAGCUAUGGCAACUUCCUGAUGACCUCGUGUUUCAACGGCAAUACAUAUCAAUCCAUUUGUCUGCAGAAACUGGGCAGUGACUAUGUUUCCGUUACCGGCUCCGUAUACACUAUUUCUCAGCCAACGCAAUCGUGGGAGACGGUCUCGUACCCAGUGAACGAAGGGCCAGCAGCGCUCUACUUCGGUGGCAAGACCUAUAUCAGCUACUCGGCCAGCUACUGUUGGAGUGCAAGCUACUGUCUCGGCCUGCUGACCUGGGACGGUACCACAGCGCCCACUUCGGCAUCCGCCUGGACCAAGUCGAGCGGUUGCGUGUUCUCGAGCGCCAACGGCAACUACGGCACGGGACACAAUGGCUUCUUCCAGAGCCCCGAUGGUACCCAGACCUGGAUUGUAUAUCACGCUACGUCCAACAGUGCCGGCGCCUGUGAUAACAGCCGGUACACGAUGGCUCAGCUAUUGGGUACGCACUCUGAUGGGUCGCCUAACUUUGGCUCACCGGUGGCCUUCUCGCACGCCUACAGCGAGCCCAGUGGCGAGUGA